AGGUUCUGCCUGGCUCGCCCCCAGCGGGCGCGCGCUCGGCGCGCGCGCGCGCCCUCCGUCGGCGAGCGGUGCGCGGAGGCCGCCGCUCCGCACUCCUCCUCGUCGUUGCUUUUCCUUGCUCCUCAAACUAUGGACGGGAAAUCUUGGGAUUCCUAUCUGUUUGUUUGUGUGUCCCUGGCCCCCUUCAGACUCCUCCGCCCUUCGCCGCGAAUGGCGGGCGGCGGUGCGGCCCGCGAGCUGCUCUCGCCUGGCAGCUGCGGCAGCGCGCUGCCACUGGGCGUCCAGGACGCCAAGCCGCCGGAGGAGGCGAGCCGCGCAGAUGUCCCGGCGCGGCUGUCGGUGCCUGCCGCGACGGCCACGCUGACGCAGACAAUCCUCGGUUCUGGGGUGCUCGCCCUGCCGUUCGCAAUGAUGAACGGCGGCCUGGUCGGCGGACUGGCGA